UUACUGUGAGGAGAUCCCCGUGGAAGAAAAUGAAGUCAACGACAGCUCCUCCAAAAGUAGCAUGGAGGUCAAAGCUGAAGUGAGCCCUCAGCUUCCCAAGAAGUCUCUUACCAACAGCAGCACGUUGACUCCUACAACAAACAAUGAAGCUCCAAUCCCGUAUGAAGGGAUCGUUCCUGAAGAAGAAGAGGUUCUGGACACACCAGCUGAGAAGGAGAUGACAAUUGCGAAUCUCAUUGGAGACAAAAUUGACAUCAUCGCCCCUGUGAAUUCUCCUUCUCUGGAUUUCAAUGACAAUGAGGACAUUCCAACUGAGCUUAGUGAUUCCUCUGAGACUCAUGAUGAAGGGGAGGUCCAGUCCUUUUAUGAAGAUCUGAAUGGACGACAGUACAUGAAUGAAGUCUUCAACUUUAGUGUGGAUAAGCUUUAUGACCUGCUCUUCACAAACUCUCAGUUCUUAAGGGAUUUCAUGGAGCAACGACGGUUUUCUGAUGUUGUUUUUCAUCCAUGGAAGAAGGAAGACACUGGCAAUCAAAGCAGAGUUAUUCUCUACACCAUCACUCUCACCAACCCUCUGGCUCCAAAAACUGCCACCGUUACGGAAACUCAGACAAUGUACAAAGCCAGCCAAGAAAGUGAGUGCUAUGUUAUAGAUGCCGAGGUGCUAACUCAUGAUGUUCCUUACCACGAUUAUUUCUACACAAUUAAUCGUUACACAUUGACGCGUGUUGCCAGGAACAAAUGCCGACUCAGGGUUUCUACAGAGCUACGUUACAGAAAACAGCCAUGGGGACUAGUGAAAUCCUUCAUUGAGAAGAACUUUUGGAGUGGUCUUGAUGACUAUUUUCGCCACUUAGAGAGUGAAUUGACCAAAACCGAGAGUUUGUAUCUAGCAGAACUUCAUAGACAGUCACCCAAAGAGAAGGCGAACAAACAAUCCUCAGUGCGGCGAAGGAAACGACCCCAUACACACUUGAGGGGGCCUCAUCUGGAGGAAGUACUGAGUCCUGUUACCACUCCCACAGAUGAGGAGGUUGUAAGUCGAAUCAAGCGUGUGGCAGGUUCCACUCAAACACGGCACAUCCCUGAAGAAAGUCCCAGCAGCUUCCAUUUGCAGAAUGUGUCCAAAUUACUGCUUGUUAUUAGUUGUGUGUAA